UAGACACCGGGUGUUGAUUUGCGAUUCAAAUUCGCGCGCACUUGGCGGGUGGACGAAGACACAAACUCUCGGCAACCUGGCUCCGGCACGGGGAAGCGGUGCAAUCUACACGCUACUGCUGCUGCUGGUUGUCAGCUGUACGCUAGCGACCGCAGCCCGCAACAACUUCCUGCGCCACGAUGACGCCCUGCCGAAGGGCUGCACCUGGACCGGUGCCGUACUGGAAGUUUCGCAGGAGAAAAGAUCGGACGAGCUGCAGUGCAAAAUCAAAACCAUAACCAAGACAGAGAGUCUGCUAGCUAAUAUAAGUAGUUAUCAAAUUGAUAGGAUAAAGUCGCUGAAGCUAGAAUGCAACGACAUUAUGUUCUUCGAAAGUUCCUUAGAAUCGACGACGACGCCGGGCAACUUUCUCGGCAAUCUGAACAGCUUGCUGCGGCUGUCGAUCGAGUACUGCAAGAUUAAGUACAUCCCGGCGAUGGCCUUUUCCAACAUGAAGGUGCUAAAGAGCCUCACCCUGAGCACACACAACAUUGACUGGUCUGUGAUGAAUUUGGAGCUGCAUCCGGAUAGCUUCCGUGGGUUAACCGAGCUUAAAGAGAUGCACCUGGCGGACAACAACAUCUGGAGUCUGCCGAACGAAGUGUUCUGCCCGCUGUACACACUGAAAGUGUUAAACCUGACCGGAAAUCGACUGAGUGACAUGUCCCAGCUAGGGCUGUCCGACUGGGGCAAGGGACCGAUAGCACCCGGCAAGGCGUGCAACACCGGGCUCGAAGUGUUGGACCUGUCGGGAAACGACGUCACCCUAAUGCCCGAUAAUGGCCUCUCGGCUCUAAGGUCGCUAAACGCGCUCUAUCUCCAGAACAACCUCGUGAAAGAAAUCGCCGACCGGGCGUUUGUCGGUCUCGGAACGCUUGAAAUUCUAAACCUCUCCAACAACAAGCUUACCGCGCUCACCCCCGAGCUGUUUCAAUCGUCCCGCAAGAUUCGACAGGUUCACCUUCAGAAUAACUCCCUCUCGGUGCUGGCGCCGGGCGUUUUCGAAGGUCUGGAUCGGCUGGAAACGUUGGACCUUUCCCGGAAUCAGCUGACCUCGACGUGGAUUAAACGGGACACGUUCGCCGGCCAGGUGCGACUGGUAGUGCUCAAUCUCGGCUACAAUCACCUCUCGAAGGUGGACCAGCAUGUGUUCAAGGGGCUGUACAGUUUACAGAUUCUCAACUUGGAGCACAACGCGAUUGAGUUGGUGGCUGAUGGUGCGUUUAGUGAUUUGAAAAAUUUGCAUGCCCUGUUUCUGUCGCACAACCGGCUACGGCAGAUUGAGCCGUACCACUUCAGUGAGCUGUACGUUCUGAACCAGCUCAUUUUGGAAUCCAAUCAGAUUGUGUACAUCCACGAGCGUGCCUUUGAGAAUUUAACGCACUUGCACGAUUUGAGCUUGAACGACAACCGGCUGGAGGAAAUUCCGAGUGGGAUGAAGAGUUUGAAGUUUUUGCAAUCACUGGACCUGGGCAAAAAUCAGAUAACGGAAAUAAAUAAUUCCUCGUUCGAGGGGCUGGAAGAGCUAAUGGGACUGCGGCUGGUGGACAAUCAGAUAACGGAGAUUUCCAGAGAUACGUUCUUCGCGCUGUCGACCAUACACGUGCUGAACCUGGCCAGCAACCGGAUCCGGCACGUGGACCAGUCGGCGUUCAGCUCUAAUCCGACGCUGCGGGCGAUUCGGCUCGAUAAUAACGAGCUGGAGGAUGUGGCCGGGGUGUUUACGUCGCUCUCGUCGCUGGUGUAUUUGAAUAUCUCGGACAACAACAUUGGCUGGUUCGACUACUCGCACUAUCCGCAGUCGCUGGAGUGGUUGGACAUCCACAAGAACAACAUUUCCGAGCUGGGCAAUCGUUACGACGUGGGAAAUUGGUUCCAGCUCAAAAUGCUGGACGUGUCCCACAACCGAAUCAAGCACAUCAACACGAGCUCGUUUCCGAAAAAUAUCGAAACACUGCUACUGAACAACAACCAGAUUGAGGAGAUUGCCCCGGAGACCUUCGCCGGCAAGGAGAACCUGGUGAAGGUGGUGCUUUACGGCAACCACUUGCGCCGGCUGGAAAUGCCCUCGCUGGCUCUCACGCUCGUCCCGGACACCCGAACCAUGCCGGAGUUUUACAUUGGUGAUAAUUUAAUUCACUGCGACUGCAGCAUGGAAUGGCUACAGCGGAUUAACGAGCUGAGCUAUCUGCGGCAGUACCCGCAAGUGAAGGACCUGGACUCGGUCAUGUGCACGAUGGAGCACGAACGGGGCGAACUGGUACGGCCCCUGACGGAGAUGAAGGCAAGUGAGUUUCUAUGCAAAUACGAGAGCCAUUGUUUCGCGACGUGCCACUGCUGUGAUUUUGACGCUUGUGACUGCAAGAUGACGUGCCCGGACCGGUGCAGUUGCUAUCACGAUACGGCCUGGGAGUCGAACAUUGUGGACUGUGGCAGCGCCGGGUUGACGACGAUUCCGAGCAAAAUCCCGAUGGACGCCACGGAUAUCUAUUUGGACGGGAAUAAUUUCGGUCAGCUGGAAAGUCACGUCUUCAUCGGGAAGAAAAAGCUCAAAUCACUGUAUCUAAAUAAUAGUCACAUUGACGAGUUGAAUAAUAAAACGUUUGGCGGAAUUCCGGCCCUCACGGUGCUGCAUCUGGAGGGCAACGGGCUGGAACGGAUCAGCGGGGCGGAGUUUGAGCAGCUGAGGGAGCUGAAGGAGCUGUACCUGGACCACAACGCCAUCGAGGCCAUCGGAAACAAGUCGUUUUACUAUCAAAAGUCGCUGGAGGUGCUUACGAUGGCGGACAAUCGGCUGGCCGAGCUGAAGCCUUGGGAGCUGAUGCCACCGGGCGGUACGUUCCGGCUAAUCUCGCUAAGUGGCAAUAAACUGAGCUGUGGCUGUGAAUCGAUUGGGAAGCUGGUGGACUGGGCCGAGCGGCAGUUUAACGAAACGAAUGGGCUAAGUGAAUUUCAGUGUACGAACAAUAAAUUAGUGAAGGACGCGAUUAAGGAAUGUGAGAGUCACAAGAGUGCCCCGAUAGCGACCCCGACCGUGCAGCGGACGAUUAUCGAUAAUGAUUUUAUAGACUAUUUGCCACUGUUGAUUGCCGUGCUGGCCGGGCUAGUGCUAACGAUUCUGCUGGUGACGUUGGUGUUCAUCUUCCGGAACGAUUUUUGCCUGUGGGCUCACUCGCGGUACGGCGUACGAAUCUGCAAGGACCCGCUGAGCGCGAUGGAACGCUGCGAGGACAACGAGAAGUUGUACGACGGCUAUCUUAUCUACAGCUCGGCCGACGCCGAUAUGGUAACUAGUCAAAUUGCCCAGGAUCUGGAGCACAGUGGGUACGCGAUGUGUCUGCACUACCGGGACAUCCACUCGGCGGCCUUUUUGGCCGAUUCGCUGCAGGGGGCGGCGGACGCUUCCCGCAAGCUAAUCCUCUUCAUCAGCGUCAAGUUCUUGCAGUUUGAGUGGUCUCAGGCGGAAUUCCGGGCGGGGCUGCAAAGCGUGCUGGAGCUAAUCCGACCAUCCCGGCGGAGGCAAAAGCUCAUCCUGAUCACCUCCGUGCCCCAGUCGAUGCUCUCGAUGGACCCCAUCAUGGACAUCCUCACGCGAACCUGCACCGUAAUCGCGUGGGACGAUCGGCGCUUCUGGGACAAGCUCCGCUUCGCCAUGCCGGACAUCGGCAAAAACUCCCCUGUAAAUAAGGCGCCCCAUCGCAAAGCCAUCAACAUCCGGUACACCCCGGCCCCGACCAACCCCUCCGCGCCGCCUCCCCCAACCGCCACCUGGCCCAAGCGGCUCAACUCGGAGGUGUGCGUCCAGUACCCGCAGGCCCCACCCCACUCGCCCAACCACAGUACUUACAACACCGAGGACGAACUUUCGACCGCGUCCUCACCGCAGUACGAGGCCCCGUCGCUUCAUCACGCAAUGGGUCCUCCCUACCACCACCAGAACCACAUUCCACUGCAGCAACAGCAGCAGCAGCAGCAGUUCCACCAUGGACAGCAGGUCAACCAUUCGCCACACCUGCAGCACACCUUCCCCCACCACAUGGCUCAACCCCAGCACCACCCACACCACCACCAGCAGCAACAGCAGGGCUACUACCGGUCCGGCAAGUCCAACGGCGGCAGUGCUGCCAACACGCUGGGCCACGUGUACUCGACCAUCCCGGAGUCGCAGUACAACACGCAUCACUCCCUGAGGGGAGGCGGCGGCGGCGGUGGAGGCGCCGGCGAUAGCAAUCGACCGUACUUUGUGUAAUAUUUACUCUACUUUUUAGGGCCGUUUUUCAAAUCUAUUACACUUCUUUCAUUACUCGCUCGCUUUCUCUCUCGCCGUGUCUGACUCAUAAAACAGCACUCAUAACUUUAGGGUAAAGUCAUCCAGGAAUACGCCACUUCUCAUCAUCACUUUAUCGUUCAAUCGUAUACUCGCUUUUUAAAUAGGGGGCGCGCGCGCUUUUGCAAGUUUUAAGAAAAGUUGUGUAAAGAGCUGAAAUGUGUAUAAAAUUGUUUAUUACUCCUUCACUUGUACUAGGUAGGUUAGGGUCAAACAGAAAACGAGAAAAGACUUAUUUGAUUAGAAACUUAAUCACUCUCUCUCGCGCGCGCAGCUGAGAUAUGGCUUCGUUUGGUGCGUAUUGUUGGCGCAUUCGUUUGGAAGUUCGUUCCGCACUAAAUUGUGAAAAGGUAUUUUUAAGAAGGUUACAUCUUCGGUUUCAACCCAAUGAAGCUGUUAGACUCAUUUCAACUGAUAAGAAAUUGGAAAAAACAUUUCAAUUGAGUUGUAACCGAAAAUGAUCGGGAAAAGAAGUUCUUCAAACGAAUGUGCCAUAAUCAAACUUAAUUUCGUUUUUUAAGAAAAUUGAUUUUUACCGUGGACAAACUACACCAUUCCAACAUCCAGGACCAUUUCAACAUCUUCGAGAGCGCCAACUAGCCCAUGUGUGAUAAAGCAGCAUCACUGUUGUGGUCCCACCGCUAGACCACACUAAAUUAUAAUGAAACGGUUUGUUGAUUUGUUUUAAUUGAAAGUGACCGCAUCUCGGUCUGUGAGCCGUUCGUUGUGCGGCAACGUCUUCAGUGAACCCUUUUCUUGACGCUUCAAUUACACGAUGCGAUAGUGGUUUCAGGGACGGGGACGGGAUCCGACGGAACAACAAUGACGAACAUUAUCUUGCAGUGUUUUGGGGAUCGCGGGUUGGGACAUAGACGGAGAUUUAAGAUGGGGCAAAGAUUUGCUUAAAAUAAGGACAGUGUUGACGUUCCGCAGAGUCAAACGUCAAAGAGUGAGCUCCGAAUGAUCUUUUGGUUAUGAUCUAAUUGAGUUGAGUUCAUCUUUAGACACACAAUAAAAUUCUAUUGUUCUGCAAUUUCAACACAUUGUGUCUCAAUCCCUACUCUUAGCCACAUUUUUGCGGUCCCGUCAUCGACCUCGAAAGCAAGAAAAACUAAUCAAAACUUGUCCCCUGGGAGAUUGCGUCCACAGCGCGUCCCCCUCAUUUGUGGGACAACCGCUAACGUCGUAAUCAACCGGCUCGUACGACGAUUUCUUUUUGACAGGUUACAAUGUUGCGUGCCAUGUCUGUCGUCGUCGAUGCACGCCAGAUGAAAUUGGGGCCCGGAAUCAAUUCAAUUUGAUGUCGCGAGGCCUUGGUGCGUUUAGAGCGAGUCAUGUUAAAGCGACGGAAUGCGUGUAGAUAAGGGCCGAUUGGCGAUUGACAUGCCUAGCCCAAGUAAUUGGAUGGUGUAACGCACGCGUUUGAUGAAUUGACCAUUGUUCUGGCUCGAUUUGGCAGCUAAUAUGAUUGGUUUGCAGAACUGACCAAACCACAGACGACUGGUAACUUUCAGGUGUGACGUCAAUUAAUUCUGUGAAUCCUCCAAUCGCGCAGUGUAAUCCACGGCUUAGUACCAUAAAGCAACAAUGUCUAGGGAGAUGAUCAGGGCUCGAAACUUGAAACGAGGCCACCAACCAGCAUGGCUAAGAAUCCAAAACCAGUUUGACGCCGCGCAACGUGUAGGAAUUCUCGCCCUGUUUUCGUUGGCGGCGGCCCGAAAACUAUUAUCUUCCCGUUCCCUGUCCGUUUCCACGUGGGACCCCUAACCCUUGGCUCCCAACGAGCAACAAACGCCGAUUUUGAGCGAUUUUUCCGAUUUGCCAUAAUGGCGUCGUCCGCGUUUGACAGCUACGCCAUAAUGGCGUGCGCGUGCGCCCCAAUUCCGCAACAAUGUUUGCAAACAAAGGGCCUGCUUUGUUUGCCGGCAAGCUCGUGCUUGGUGAUCUAGUGGUUAGCCGGAGAGAUCAAGAUCGACCCAAAGUAUACACAACAAAACGGGCGGGAAGAGAACGAUUUCUCGAUGCCUGCUGGCGGAUGAAGUCGCAUGAUGAUGAUGCUGCGUGUUGUUGUUGUUGGGACGAGCCUUCGACUCGGUUGUUGUUCCCCACUUGGCGUGACUCUAGCAAGUCAGUCUCAGCUCUUCUUUUGUUGUGGUCGCGACGGCAUAUAAAUGGCUGCUUCAUUUAUUAAAACCGUUUAAGAUUUAUUUAUUUUUACAAUUAGUCAUUGAUUAUUUUAAAUGGACGGUGGGUUCCGAAGGAGUUCGGGUUGGGAGAAAGCUUGGAGAAGAAAAAUGAUGGGACUCCUCUGUACCGCCGUCGCUGGUUGGAACGAGGCCUUUGUGUUGGCUAUGCCGACUGUUAGAUGGAAUGGCUGUGAUAGAGGGUUUAUCGUUUGUCAUACGGAGCUUGAAAGUGGAGAGACAGAGAUUGCUCAAGAGUUCGUUUUGAUAGCGCAGAGUGACACAAAUUUCGCCUAAUUGAAGUUGACACUCUCCGGUGGAGUACACUGCCGGUUUCCGGAACAUUUGGCGAAAUUGCUUCCGCUCAGUGUGCAGCGCCUUCCAGCGAAACUUCAAAGCAAUUUUAAGCUCCAUUAAACGGCGUGACCUGUGGACAAUGCAAUCCCAGCGCCGCCGGAAUGCCUCCGGAUGACGCGCCCACGGCAGUUGCAUUCUUGGCGGCGCGUUUCUCACUAGGUGUUGACUUGAAAUAUGCACCGCCAUUACUGGGCAAAGAUUCCAUCGAUAAGCCGGGAAGUGACUCCGAUGGAGAAGGGUAAGGUGGCGUCACUCUUGACCUGCAAGGCAAUUUUUCAAGAAGAGGCAGUUGGAGUUGUUGAGCAGUGUUGUGAAUCUCAAAGAGCUCACGAGAAGCUCAAAAAGAACUCUUUCGAGACCUUUGAGCUGUCAAACAAUUCUGACUGAGAGAACUCUCGUUUUUUUUUUCAAUCUAUCUUUCAAGUUUCAAAACUUAACGAGCUCACGUGAGCGGCAUCAUGGUGCUCUUUUGAGCUCUCUGAGAGUUUUGUUUUAAGAAGUGUCAGUUGUAGUUGAUAAGCAGUGUUUUGAUUUUCAAAGAGCUAACGGGAAGCUCAACAUGAGCUUUUUACUGACUGUAAAAUUAUUCUGAUCUGCGUGGCUAUUUGUCAAAAAGAGUCAGUUGGAGUUGAUGAGUGCAGUGUUGUGAAUCUCAAAGAGCUCACGAGAAGCUCAAAAAGAACUCUUUCGAGACCAUUGAGCUGUCAAACCAUUGUGACUGAGAGAGCUCUUGUUUUUAUUCUCAAUCUCUCUCUCAAGUUUAAAAACAUACGAGCUCACUUGAGCAGCUUGAUGCUCUUUUGAGAACUCUGAGAGUUCUUACUAGCUUUCAAUUUUGUUUUAAGAAGUGUCAGUUGAAGUUGAUGAGCAGUAUUGUGAAUCUCAAAGAGCCCACUAGAGGUUGAUAAUGAACUCUUUCGAGACCCUUGAGCUGUCAAAUAAUUCUGACUGAAAAAGAUCUCGUUAUUUUCUACCUCUCUCUCAAGUUUCAAAAUUUACAAGCUCACGUGAGCAGCAUGAUGCUCUUUUGAGCUCUCUGAGAGUUCUUAUUAUAUUUCAUAAAAUUCAAGCUCUUGAGCACUCGUUACGAGCAAGAUCCAAAAUGGCCACAUUUGGCUCAAUUUUCACCUCUGGAUUAAGUUUUGAGCGCGCUCGUGACUGAGUUGUUGUGAAAUUUUUUAGGAGAUUUUAACAACGCGAUCUCGUUCUCUCGCUCUGAUCAAGAGCCAAGAGAGCUCAUCCCGUUGGUUUUUCAACUCUGGAAAUGGUUUGGUGAGCUCAAGUUACAAGUUCUUUGGGCUCUCAAAAAGAGUAGAGCUGCAAUCGGUGAGAUCAGAAGAAUGAGCAAAAGCUCCGACAAAAAAGAGCCUUACUCUGUUUCGUCCAACAAAGGUCCCCCUACCCUACUCACACACCUCUUUUCGGCCUCAAAGUCUGACUCGACAUGUGCUCCGUCAGAACGCCGUUCGGGGGAGCCCUGGGGGCCCUUUCGGGCUUGUCGCUACCUGUGUUUGCGCAUUCUGGCGCGGCACGGUGCUGCUGAUUGAUGAUUCAGUAUUUAUUUUAUUAAUUACUGUUGCACGCCUCCCGCGAAUUGUGCGUUUCCGCGCGAAAAAAUUACCGCAAAGGGUUGGAGUUGGAUCGGGGGGUGACCCGCGGCCGGGCCUGGAGGGCAAUUGGCAAAACGUUGAGGUUGAAUUGGUAAUUGUUGUUUGUGAGUGCGUAAUGCUGCGGAAAAUGUGUAUGAAUGCAGGAGUUGAUUGGUUGAGUCGAGUUUUGUUUGAGUAGAAUUAAUGUGAAAAAAUAUAGUUAGAAAUACUCAAUGACCCUUGAUUUUGUACAACUGACUUCCUCUGAAUAGCAGAGUGAAGUGCUCUCGAAAUAGUAUCUGAGAAACGAUGGCGUAAAAUCAGUAUUUUCAAUUUCAGAUAUUGAAGAUCUGGCAACCCUGUCUAAAGUUUUACGCACUUUACACUGAAAUAAAAAAAGUUCGAAAUUCCUGAAUUGGGUUUUAUGGAUUACUUAACAAGAAAAGGAGGCAAAAUUCCUAGAAUUUAGGACUACUUUUCUUCCUUUCAGUGUAGUGAAAUUUACAUAACAUUUUUUGGUCGAUUAAAAUGACUUUCGCAAUCGACUUUCUUUUUUUGGUAUUUGUUGGAUUUGUAGUUGAGAUCUUCAGAUUUGAUGAACUGGGAGCACUGCCAAGAAUAUAUUGUUCUAUCUAACAAUUUUGAGUUAUAAAAUUGAGAUGAAAUUUUUUACAAAUGACUUUGACCUGAGACUUAUUUGAUUCAAUUGAUUACAAAGCAAGUAUUCCAGCAAUCGCUCCCCGAAUCCAUUAGCAAAUCCCGCACAACUUCAAGUUCAACAAAUCCUCGGACCAGGGUUUCAAUUUCAAGCGACCGCGUGCCCGUUUUCCCCGGAGAUCCAUUACCAGGUGCCUGUCGUAACUGUCCUACUUUACCACCCCCGCCACACUUCACCCCCUUGGUGUCGUCACGGAAAAAAAAGCCCCAGCAAAAUGAUUUCUGCUUUUAGCCGGUAAUCAAACCAUUAAUCUUUUUUUCCCUUCUUCAAAGAGCUAUCACCUGGAGUUGAAAAAAAAAGUGUGCGCUUUGUUUCAGGCCGCGGCCACGCGAACAUAACCGUUGUGAGGGGGGACUUGAUGGACAUUUCCCAGGGCAUCCGUAGACCGCCACCACCCACAACGUGACUAAAUUUUGCGCGGGGGUUUCUUGCACUACACCACCCUGAAGAAUCGGGGUUCGAACGGGGGAGGUAAGUGUCAUCGUCACGUAAACCCCGUAAAAAUUGUUACCUUUUUUAUAUCUUAGGGGUCCGUGUGGUGCGUGUGCCGAACGGUUGGCGGCUUCCGUAGAAGUGACCCCGCAAAUGUCCCCAUCGAUGUGCAGCAGGGUGAUGGGGGCGGUUUAAUGGAGUGGACAUUGUUUAUUGACUUGGGGCUAGAAUUUAGUGGCUCGUGUUUAGCCAAAUCUAGCGGAAGCCAUCUGGCCGCGGGAAUUGAACUUGGGCACGGGUGCAUUGCAGGGGGGUCACUUGGGUUAAACCAGUUGUGUUUUUCUGUGUGUUUGAAUGCAAAGUUGGCAACACUGAAGAAAUUUUGACGUUUCGGUUUCAGUGAUGCCAGUUGGCAUCUGUUCGAAACCGGAUUAUUUGAAAAACGAUGUUUCAAAGAACAACUCAAGGCGUUAAUUUUUUUUAAGAUUUGAGGAUCCUCUUUUUUGAUGCCAACAUUGGUUUCAUUUUUUAAAUGUACCUAGUAUUAUUAGGUUUUUAAAGGUUGAGAACGACACAAAAGAUUUGAAUUUUGACAUAGCUUUAUGGUCCAACAAACUUGUUUUUCUGAUUUAAAAUCAGAGCAAAACAAUUUCAAACAAAGUUUACCCCAAAUUGACCACAUCAAAUCGGAUCACCAACAACGCUCAUUGCACUUCUUGGAACCACUCUUGAUUGAAUCCAUUCAGGCCCGAGUUCCAUAAAAAUCCCAGAAGUCUCAACCUCAACGAAAUUAUUCACGCUCAAUAACUCCUCGACAUACCGCCGGGUGCCAACUCGGCGGUCAAUUUCAAUUUACAGAAAACCGUGUCGUCAACGAAGCUCGCUAUAAAACUCAAUUAAAACCAAUCAACACAAUUUUAUCGCCACCGAUUAACCAGUGAGACUGCUCUUUAAACCAACAAAACACACAGACUGCUGCAUUCAGCGUUCGACUUAUUGCACUUUAUUGCGGAGCACUACUAAGGCUAGUGACUGGUUCAUUCUUUUUCGGAAGUCACUUGAAACCAAUUGAACUCACACGCGCCAGCCCAUCUUAUCGACUCAAGAAAGAAUUAACUGCCAGACCGUAAAAAAUCAGUUAAAUUUUCCCCCGAGCGCACUUUAAUCUGACCCCGCUGUAUGCUUUCCCGGAAAAGUUACUCUAUCGACGCAGGAGGCAACCUCGAGUUGCUAUAAUAAAAGUUCUAAAAAAAGAAAACCGUCAUUAUCACUUAUUAAAGCCAAAUGAGAAGAACGUAUCAGACAAAAAAAAACUGGAAGGCACAUUCACAAC